CCUCACAAAACUUUUGAAAUUGUGGUUGUUUCGCGUUUGCUUUAUAUUGUUAUUAUUUUGUUACGUCUUUAGAAAUGACGAGAACAACAUAUUGAUAUUAUAAUAGCCUGGAGUGAAAACCGUUUUCUAUUUUCCUACAGCGACUUAUUCCUUUGUGUAUUCGCGAGUUUUUGAAUUGUGAAACUCGGUGUUCAAGACGAAACUUUUAUUAUUAAUCAAGGCAACUUUGGCAGUGUUUUGAAACUUUAUCCUCAUCGUCGCGUUGUUUACGGCUAAACUCGCCCGAAAAUUGUUUCAUUUUAACCACCUAGAAAUAAACUUAGUUACUGGUGUUAAUUAAAACCAAUUUGUUUCGCCUUGUCUCUCAAAGAAAAUGUCUUUAGUGUCGGCUGAGUUGGCUGCGACCUGUAAUGCUUUGGGAUACUACGAUGAUAAGACGAAAAAGUAUUAUGCAGAUGAAAAUACCCUCGAAACUGUGAAGGAUUUAAUUCGUUAUCUGAGGAGGGAUGAUGAAAACCAUGAUAUAAGGAGACAGCUUGGGGAGUCUAAGGUUCUUGAGGCUGAUUUAUUGCCACUUCUGAAGUCCUACUGGGAAGAGACCGAAUUAUUCGAUGUUCUCCUCAGAUUAUUGGUGAACUUGACAACACCCCCUUUGAUUCUUUGGAACGAGGAAAUUCCUACAGAUAAAAAUGUAAGAAAUUAUUAUAUGCAGAUUGAAGACCAUCUACAAAGCUACAAGUUGACAUUUGCUGAUGAAGGUUUAUGGUCAGUUCUGAGUUCCCGUCUAAGCAGCAUACUAGAAAAAGAUCAUGCUGAGCGUAGUGAUGAAACGAGUCUAAUCAUCGAAAGGAUUCUUGUGUUGAUCAGAAACAUCCUUUAUGUUCCGGCCGAUCGUACCCUAGAAAGAAGACCCGACAACGAUGCUAACACCCAUGAUCAGGUGUUGUGGGCAAUGCAUCAAUCGGGCAUCCUGGAUAUCCUUUUAUACGUGUCAUCGUCAGCGAACGAACAAACGUAUCACAUGCACGUCUUGGAAAUCCUCUCGCAUUUGCUGAAAGAACAGAACCCGACCGAGCUCGGCAAAACGGAACUUCAUAGAAAUCACGCAGAGAAAGUGAAAGACGAAGGCGAACUGUUGGCGAUAAGGCACAAAGAGGCGAUAAAGAAGCAGCAGAAAGCGAAGAUUUACAGCGGUGCCAGGCAUUCAAGAUUCGGUGGUACCUUCGUCGUCAAAUCAAUGAAGGCCAUCAGCGACAACGACCUAAUCUACCACAAGCCCCUCAGUCGUCUCGACGCACUCACCUUCGACUCCGAAAAGCAGAAACCUCGCACGCCUAGAAACCGUUUGCCCGUACACUUGGAGCCCACCGAGAGGCGUUCCGCCUUCUCCAUAAGACUGUUCCUCAAAGAGUUCUGCGUCGAAUUCCUGAACGGCGGCUACAACACUCUCAUGUACCACGUGAAGGAUCAGCUCGUCCGAGCCAAGUCCCACACGCACGACGCCUCGUAUUACCUCUGGGCCAUCAGAUUCUUUAUGGAGUUCAACAGGGCGCACAAGUUUGAGGUUAAAUUGGUCAGCGAAACGUUGUCGGUCCAAACCUUCCACUACGUCCAACAACACAUGGAGAAUUUCUUCGACAUGAUACAAACCGACAAGAAAAAAUUGAGGGCAUGGUCAAGGCGGCUCCACAUCGCCCUUUUGGCUUACCGGGAACUGCUCCUCACUCUCUGUUAUAUGGAUAAAUCGCCGGACGGCACAGUCCGCGAUUCAAGCAAGGUCAUCAAGAGUAACAUUUUUUACGUGUUGGAAUACAGGGAACUUGUGCUCACUCUACUCCUCACCUUUGAUGAGCUGAAGAUGUCGGAUCAGUAUCUGAAGGAUCUGAUUGAGACCCAGCAUAUAUUCAUGAGGUCUUUUGAGGCUUUCUGUAAAAAUGGAGCUGUUAUAGUGCAGACUAAAAACAAGGCCAAGAGGAAGAAAAAGAGUGCACCUGCACCUGAAAUCCCACCAGAGGUGAGCCUGGAAAUCAAAUGGGAUGAAGCAUCACAAUAUGUCGCAACCGUUCUGGAGGGUGGCAGCAUCCCGACAGAUGUCGUUCCAUUCGAUGCCACUUCCGACGUACCGAUAGAUGAACAAAAAUCGGAAACCAUGAUUAAGAUCCAGAAGCAAUUGAGGAGCGGCGAAUACGAGAACGCAAUCGGCCUAUUGCGUGCCGCCAGGGAAGUAUGGCCAGAAAACGAUUCCUUUGGAAGCAGGGGUAUAUCUCCCGAAGAAGAGUUUGGUGCCCUGAGGGACAUCUUCUUGGCCGAUUUAGGAGAAAACGAUUUGCCAGUACAACCACAACCAGUCUUCGAUGAGAACGAUGAGGAGGAGGAUGAGGGUGAAGAAGGAGAAAUCAAUUUCUCAGAGAGUGAUCUCAAAUUCGAAGAUUUCAGGAAAAGGCUGGGUCAUCCCAAGAUAGUCAGGGCAACAUGCUUGGCAUUGGCCAUGUUCGAAGAAAAUUCGAUUAAUACCAACCAUUGCAUCGUGAAACUGAUGCAUCGAAUCGCCUUCGACUGCAAAAUGCACGCCAUGAUGUUUCAAGUUUCCCUCUUUAUGACGUUCAAGAGGAUUCUUGCUCUCAAAGAAAUGCCGGAAUAUAAGGAGCUCGUCAAAUUUGUUACCUAUAUACUACGCCAAUUCUUCAAAGUGGCACAAACCAAUAAAAAAAUAUUCAUGGAAGCCCUCUUCUGGAAGUCCUCCAAAGACGCUUACGACGUGGAAUACGGCUAUGGAAGUUACCAAGAGAAGGCCAACUCUAACGUGCGCGUUUGGACGGAAGAAGAAGAAGAUGAAGUACGUCGUCUGUUCAUGGAGCACAAGGAAAAGCAAUUAGAGAACGAUGUUGUCGAUUGGGUGCUUGAGAAUUUAAUAGACAACACUCGCAGCAGGCGGGCUCUGCUAAAGAAAAUGAAGGAACUCUACUUGCUCACAGAUUACAAGAAGGGUAAAGUAAGAAAUACUAGUAAGGUGCCAAAGCAAUGGAGUGCGGAAGAGGAAGAAAAUUUGACAGAGUUGUACGAACAGUUCAAGGAUGCUAUGGAUCCUCUGUCUUGUAUUAUGGAUAGACUGAACGUUGCAAGGUCUAAAAAUAGGAUCGUUGAGAAGCUGUUGGUGCUUGGUCUGAUCCAGGACAGAAAGGAGGUUAGGAAGAAGAGGACCAAGGGAGCCUCGAGGCCCAGAUCUGGUAAAAGGAACGUGGAUUCUGGCCGUUCAGAUGGCAGCAGUAGCUCAGAAGAGGACUCCGACGACGAUGUCACUCCAAGGUCCGGGGCCUCCACUAGCGCUGCAAGAAGGGUUGAUGCCAUUAUCGCAAAGAAGAAGCCCAAGAGAUCGGUUGCCGUCGUUAAUGUUUCAUCUAAAAGACUGGCGGAGUUGACUCUGGGCGUUCUACAAUCAGACAUGAAAGAGGCGUUAGACUGGCUGAAGGAAAGUAUUUCAGACGCUGUAGAGGAUUUCGAGGAUGAUAGCGAGGAGGGAGUUCCCUUGGUGCCCAUCAUGGACUACGCUGUCACAGCCAUGGAAAAUCCAGAUUUCCAAAACUUGCUGCAAGCAAUGGGUAUUUCUAAACCCUCAAACGAGCAAGAAGCAUAUUGGAGGAUACCAAGCAACAUUCCCUUAAAUUCAUUAAAGGCCAUUCUCGAUUUAUUAGCGAAAGCUCUGGAAGGUAACCUCACCAUAUCUGAGGAAGAUGUUCCGAUUGCUGUUGGUGAACAAGAUGUGUCCCAGUUAGAGCAUAAUGAGUCGGGCGAUGAAAUAUCUGACGCAAGGAACACAAUAACAGAAGGAAACGUUGUGAUAGAUUCUGAAGAAUCCGACGAUGACAACGUAUUUGAGCGAAUUAGAAAAAGUAAUAUGCAAGUAUCUGAUCAACCUUCAACGAGUUCUGCAACGGACAAUAAAAGAAAACGAACGCAAAGUUCAGAUGAGGUCGUUGUCCAAACGGCAACGAUCACAAAGAAGACUAAAAUAAUACAUCUUGAAGACUCUGAGGAUGAUAUUGUGAACAACGAGGAAAAUCUCGUUAAGAAGAAAUCAAAAGGUUACCACAAUGAUAUUAACACACAGGACCGUGAAGAAACAAACAAUACAUCUUCGGACGAAGAUAUUUUCGAGAAAUUGAAGAAAAUGUCCAACGACAAACAAGAAGGGGAGGAAACUAGACCGCCAAAGAGUGCGAAACGCUCCACGAAACGACGUUUGACUAGUCUAGAUGAACUUUCAAACGGAGACGAUGAGGAUCUAUUGGCAAUUGCUGAGGAAAAACUCAAGAGCGAAAAGAAGAAGAAGAAGAAAGAGCAGAAAAAAAUUAAGAAAGAAAGCAGUAAUAAAACUAAAAAGGAGAAAGAUUCAAAACCGAAAGAAAAAACUGCUAAAAAAUCUACGAAGAAAGUUGAUUCGACUAAUUACAAAAGUAAAGAAUUCAUUUCUGAUUCGGACGAUAGUAGCGAUAAUGGGGAAUCGGAACAAAAAUUGAAGGAUCAUUAUGAGCAGCUUCUGCGAAACGAUAUGGAAGAACUAGCAAACAAGAAGGCACUUCUGAGUAAAACUGACAAGAAUGAAAAUGACAGUGAUGGAAGUGAGUCUGAUUCGAGCAAAAAAGCAUCGAGUUCGAAGGCCGAAAAUGUGAAUUCAGAAGCGAGCGAAUCGAGCUCCGAGAAUGCAUCAGAAAAUGAAACCAACAAAGAAGAAAACAUGUCGAAUGAGGAAGAAAAACGGAAGAAGUCCCGGAGGAACGUAAUUGAUAGUGACGAUGACUGAAAGAACUCUGUAGUUUUCUAAUUAACUUUUUUCCUACUUCUGAUUGUAAGAACAAUUUUGUCUAUAAAUAAGGCGUUUCAAAAAAAUAAAAGU